CCCAAGGAAAUACUAAUCAACACCAGUCUCUUGCUCUCACUAUCGUCGACUGCCCAUCGGUCUCCUCUCAUCGACUAACCAUCGGCCAUCGUCGCUCACCGUCUCAUCGCCACGAUCGGUACACCGUCCCAGACCCAUUAAUUUUGAAUCAGAUUGGUGUAGUUGAAGAUAUUCUACAGAUGAAAGAUGAGAAUCCUAGCCAUAAUGAAAUCAUUUGUGAAAUACCUCACAGCAUGGGAGAAAGUUCUCUUGAUGACGAAGCACCUAUUUUCUUGUUUGUUUAUGGGAUCCUGGAGACAAGUGUGAUACAAGGGAUUCAACAAUUAGAGAUGGAUGAUAAGAUUAAACUUACUGAUUACAUUAACGAAGCACAUGCACUACUUGCCUUGCAGUCCAAGCUCAAUAAGAAUCCUCGAAUUCAAGCUGCUGCUAGAUCCCAUGGCAUACCAAUUUAUGUUAUGAAGACAAGUUCAUUGAUGCAGUUGACGAAAGCCAUACGGGCAUUAAUAACUGAUCAUGAAGAUGAUUUUAAGGAUUUUGAAUCAGAUGACAAGAUAAAUGCACCUCAGAAGAUUGAAGCCUUGGAAGUGAAAAUGAGUUUUCUUUUUGCCUUCUUCUCUAUUUCAUCUUUCUCACUGCAUGGCUACAUGUUAUUGACACUCAUUAACUGAAGGGUUUGCAUGUACCAAACUGAAGGAGAUUUUCAGUUUGGUGUAGUACGCUAAUUAUGUGUUGUUGGGCUUGGAUUCAAUUCAAUCACUUCAUUAAUUUAGCCGUUCUGUAUUAGGGGGGGACUAUUUACAAAAUGGAAAACUGUCUUAGCACCCAACAUUUUACUUGGGCCUAUUUCUACCCAGAGGCAGUGCUACAUGUUUUUCAGGGUAUUCAGUUGAAUAUAGUUCAAUACUCUGACUUUGUUUUGCCUUAUGUUUACACCUUAAAAUUUGAACACCCAAGUUAACAUAUUUUGAAUACCCAUUCCACAAAUCUUGAAUAUCUAACUCACCCACUUCAAAUUUCGCACACCCACUGUAUAAUCCACCUGAAAGAAUAGCAUCCACUAUUGCUUCUAAAUUAGAAUGAACUCCCAUCUCAUUCUUGGAAAUUAUCUCUACACCACAACUAAAUGUUGAGGGUCCUUUCCUUUCUAGCACUGUUUUCUGAACACGCCUCCGGCUUGCUUCUUCAUUCCCUAGUGUCACACUCUGAGAAAUGGAUAUAUUAAUGUGACUAGUCUACAUACCAAUAAGCCACUCCUUCCUAGAAAAUUUUCGUAAUUGAAAUAAAAUAGUCAUAAAAAUACAGUCAGAAUGAGUGUUUGAACAUAAUCUCUGUA